GUGAUGGCGACGAAAAAAAAGACUGAGAAGAAUAGUAAACACAAACAUCGUGUGCCCCAGUUUCAUCGAUAGCCGUUCCCAGCACAUGCGACACGCGUCGCGCCUCGGCGGCUGUCAUGCGCCGGCAGCAAUGUGCCCCAAUGCCAGCCCAGAUAGUUGUCGUCAACGGCCUAGACGUGGGCAGGCAGAACACCGCUGUACCUUGAAGAGAUGGCGCAACUCUUUGACGAGGGCAAAGCGCAGACGAUGGCGACCACGUGUCCACGGGGAACGCGAAGACGGGGUGUCGAAACUCCGACACCUGGAGCGCACGAGCAGUCGGAAGGACGGCAAUGACGCGACUGCAAGAGGAGACAGACGCUGUACCGUGAAGGACGGGAGCAGCUCGUUGGCGAGGGCAAACCGCAGGCAAUGGCGGACACGCGCUGAUUCAGAACGCAAGGACAGGGUGUCUUGUCUCCGGAAGCUGGACAUCGACUGGGAUGAAGAGCGGAAACCCAGAAGCCCACGCUCGGAAACACGUGGCGCGACUGAGAGGCUGCGAAGGCGAUGGACGAUGUCACGGAGGUCACGUCGCGGUGAGGAACGCGGUCACUUCGAUGACAGCGAGGAGGAAGAAGAGGAGGACACGCGAGUUUUGCUGCAAAGACUCGGAGAUUGCGGGAUGCUGAGAAUUUACGGGGCUGAGAGAGGGGCAACAGUCGUCGAGCAGCCGUCGUCGUCGGGUGGCCGUCUCGGCUUGGGGUCGGAGGACAGGACAGUUGGCGUCAAGCCACCCCAGUCGGCCCCUGUCCAGCCCAGAGGUGUCAUCAACAUCGAUGCGGCAUACUUCCUGGAAUGGAAAAACGGCGUGCGAACAAAGCGGGAGUUCGCCAUUAACCCGUCGCAAGUCAUCGACAUCCGCGAGUGGGAGGCGGCAUACAACCAGCGUUCCUUGGAUCCCGUGCAAAUACAGGCCAUUAUUGACGCAAUGACGACGGCCUACUCUCAGACCGAGAAGACUUACGAGCUGCCGACAUUAAAGCUCGCGCCUCUCGGGCUGGUUAAACUGACGCCCGGGGUGCGGGCGGAUCGUCUGAAGCCGGAGGACUGGAAGGACAAGCUGGCAGGGCAAUACUACUACUACAUUGUGGCGGGCCAGCAUAACGCGGCUGCGGCCAGGGCGCUGCUUGGCACCGAUGUGGCGGUGAGGUACAACUUCGAGCGCUGGCCUGCACAAAUGGUGUACUUCUCGGACGAGGACUUUGAGGGGUACUUUCUGGUCAGCGCCGAGGACAACAAGAAAGACCUGAAGGCCCCUCCGAGACAGCUGAAACUCUCCAUGAGAGACAUUCGGUGGUGUUGGAAGGAAUUGGGUUUCCCGAAAGCUGUUAUGGGUAACCCCAGCGGGAAACGGGCGCAGGUGGAGACAUGGCGAAGAUUUUGUGCGGAAGCGCUCCACAGGACGCCGUACAAUCACUUGUGGACUCUCGCCGAUGACAAGACCGAGCAAGGAAUCAAGAAACAGAACGCUGCCCUUCGAUCCUAUUUCCCGCUCGCGAUGGCAGGGAAAAGCACAUGGGAAACUGGGAUGAAAUUUUUCGAGAGAUGGGAAACGGGCAGAUUGCUGGCUUCAGAAGGAGCGAAGUGGAUCGCGAAGAAGAAGAAGGUGCACGGCCUCAAGCCAGGUGUGAGCCACAUCGAAAACGAGAAGGACGGGCGAAAGGUGGUCGUCUACAAUGUCCCCGUCGAAGGGCCACAAAAGAAAGGCAAGAAGGAAAAAGAGCCAGGCGACUGGUUCGUCCACGUCACCGAGCCAGAUCCGCACUGCUGGAAGAGCAUGGAGGCCCUUACCGACAAUGAGAAAUGCCGGUUGUUGAAGAAGGUUCUCAACUGCGAGGUGGUCUGGGUGCAGACAGGGUCCUCCGCGUUGGCGAAGCAAGGGAAGCUGGGGAUGCAAGAGGCAGUGCAACUGGUGAAGUGCGAUCGCAUAUUGGUGCGGUUGUGGAACUACUACCAGUUCAAGCAAAAGAACCGGCCAGACAGUGACUGGACCACUAAGUACCCCUUCCUGAAAAAACGAGAGGCGGUUUUGGCAAAGUUUGAAGGGCAGGGGCUGGAUGCAGCGUUGUGGGACGGGAGCAGGAAACUUGUCAGCGACUCCUCCUUGUUCAAGGACUGUCCGCCCUACAUGGGUUGCGAGGACGACAAGUCGAUCAAGGCGACAGAAAAGCUACCGGUCCUGAGGCUUGAGAGUUACGGUGCCUUGAUCGACGCCGACGAAGAGUCCCUCACCGGUGUUGUCUUCGACACCGGUGCACCUGAGGAGGAUAGCGACACCAAGGAAAUUGACAUCGACUACCGCCUUGCUCCGGUGCUCCCAUCCCCGGCCUCCUCGUCGGCGAGUCCCUCAACAAACCGGCCUGCACAAGCGACGCCCGUGCGGAGGACCCCUAGUAAGUUGUUGGCGAGAUUGACACCUCGGCCUGCUGCGCCUCCUCCUCUGCGUCCAGGGUGUCAAGUCCCCCUGCAACAUCCUUCUCGGAAGGAUGAGAACAUCCACUUCAAAGGGCACGACCACACGCAUUCCACGGAGGCAGACUGGGGUCAUGACAUGAUUUGGCACCCGGGGACGAUCCAGCCCGCAAUUCGGAAGGGGGAGUGGGUCAUGGCCAUAGUCGACACUGACGGGGAAUGGAAGCCGUCCGAGCGCUUGGCCAAGUCCGACUACUUGGAUAUCGCGAGGAGUGUUGUGGUGGACAAAGUGACGUUAGAGAACAGCAACCUGCAGCCCGCCGACCUGGCCAUCAUUGCCACUGCUGAUCGCUUGUUUCGGGAAAUUCAUGACAAGCAGUGGUUGGAACUAUCUGACGAUUUCUACGACCUCGAGACGAGCCCUUCGAAGAAAAAGGUGAACUGGAAAGUACCCCCGUCGAGAGGGACCCAGGGUAGUGUGGGAGGAGGACCUUUGAGGCCCCCCGCGGCCGGAGGGGGGGGAGGCAGUGGCCACGAGGAAGGAGGUGGCGGAGGCAGUGGCCAUACGACAUCAGGGGGAAGCGCGCCGGCAUCAUCGCCAGCCCCUGGCGGUCAGGGCAGGAUCGCGCACAGCGGCGUGGGGAAAGGGGGGGUGAACGUCACACACUCCCCAACAGCAGGGAGCGGCAAGUCGGGGAAGUUCUCCCACAUCCGAACUUCGCAGACCGAGGACCCAGUGCCCGUGGAGGCAGCGAAGUCGGCCGGCAUCCGCACUUUGACGACUCUGGAGCAGGCGGCCCUUCCCUCGUGGACUGCUUUCGGCUCCUCCGGUGAAGUGGGGCGGGGGUCAUGUGCAGGGGAUCCUGUCUCCGCCGUGAAGGGCAAGUCCACAGGGAUCCCUGCCAGGGCGGACGACGUUCAGGCGAGUGUACCGGUCCAGUGGAGCUCUACAGGAGCACAAGCAUCGGAGAUGGGCGCCACCCUGGCUGUGUGGGAGGCGACGCCGCCGGCCCUUGGACAAGGCCGAUCUGCGGAGUCACGGAGAGAGAUUGCUGGUGGAGCGCCGUCCGCCUUCCUUGCGACGAAGUCCACCGGUAUCCGUACUUCGUCCGUGACGUGCCUGCAGUUGGAGGAGGCAGGGACGGAGUAAGGUGCUACGUCUGUUCAGACAGACGACCGCUCCUUGGGAUCGGCCUUGAUGCGGCUGCAAGGAGCCGAGUCGCGUUAGACU